UUUUCCAUCUGCAUAUUGCCUUCGGGAAAUUUCCAUUACCACACAAGCACCGAAAAGAAAUAAGUAAUCUGUCUCUCUAAUUUUUUAGGGUUUCCGGUGCACCGUCCCUUAUGUUUCCUCCAAACUCUCUCCAUAUCAGACCUGGAUUUCUCUAAUCUCUCCGAUUUCGUCUAAUCGGUCCUUAUAUACUCUUAAUUUUUUAGUUUUUUCGUUAGAAAGCAAGAAAUUAUGUUCUUAAUCUCUUCAUACUCCGCUGUUGUUACCGUUGUUAUCUUCCAAAAUCUCCGUGUUUUUGGACCCGGUUUGAAUCCUUUUGCUCCUUAUUGCAUUGCCAAUCACUCCUUUGCUUCUCGCUAAUUUCUUCAAAAAAACAUGUAAAUUUAUUGUCUUCAAUCGUCUUCUUAUAGUCCUUCUCAAGCUUUUAGGGUUUUAAUUGCUGGGUUUUCCUCAUAGAUUGUGUUUUGGUGAUUAUUUUUGAUAUUUGAUUGAUAAAUUGGAAGGAAGAAAAAAAAAAAUGCCCCAGGAGCGGUUCGAUCCUGUAUCGGUUUUGUUGCCGCGUAGUUUGUCGAAAAGACGGAGUCUUAGGUCAAGGGUCGAUAGGGAUGAUCGUGGUUGGACUUUGCUUCAUAUCGGUGCUAAAAAAGGUAAUCUCAAAGAGGUGAAACGGUUACUAGAUGCGGGAAUGGAUGUUAAUGCACCUGCAUGGGGUCCGAAAUCAAAAGGAGUGACCCCUCUCCACCUAGCUGCCGAGGGAGGGCACCUUGAGGUUAUGGAUGAAUUGCUUGAGCGUGGUGCUGAUAUUGAUGCUAGAACCUGGGGUGCAUGUGGCUGGACUCCACUUCAUAGUGCAGCAAAAGAAAGGAAGAAGGAGGCAGUGAAAUUCCUUCUUGAGAAUGGAGCAUUCUUGCCGGAUGACAUAAAUGAUAUCAGAUUUAAUCCACCACUCCAUUACUGUCCUGGUCUUGAAUGGGCAUAUGAUGAGUCGAAGCGUCAGCAGAGAGAAAACGUGUCAGCAGGUGACUCAUCCUACGAAUCUGAAAACUAAUGUGGUCUCAUUUGCAAGCCCAUUGUGCUUGCUGUGAUAUACUAAACGUUUCUGCGUUUCUAUUGGUGUUGUAUGUCUUCUGGUUACCUGGUAAGUUUCAAGUGUUGAACUUAUUUUCUUCAAACACUCCAGGCAAUAAUGUUAGAGUGAACAGUUGCAUGUGUUUUUGAAGUUUGUCUGUCUCUUGGUCUGUAGACAAGCUGCGAAGAUAUGCAGUGAUUGGUUAUCGUUGUGUUAAACUUCUGUUUUGAAUAUUAAUCCAUGGGUUGUAUUUUUGCA